UUUAGGAAAAGAGCGCGAAUUACCGUUCAAAUGUUCGUCGAGGCAGGUUCGGUUCGCUGCGCGCGCUCCAUCGUCGCUCGUUUAUUUCAAAUCGCAGGAAAAUUAAGAUUCUUAACUAUCCUAUGGUUUUAGAACGAAUUUAUACCAAAAUAUAUCUAAAUAUUCUGUGCUGUCUCCCAGCUUGGAUCAAAACGGACGCGACGGUCGCUUGAGUCGAAGAGCUGGACACACAUACACGCAGAUACACACUUACUCACACACCUCUCUUGCUCCGGCCAAAAACUAGAAAAAAGACAACAGCUAAAAGUGGUAGUAACAGGCGAAGAAGAAGCAGUAGCAGCAGCAGUGGAGGCAAAAAGUGACUUGUUUUUUGUUUGCUUGUAUACGCCGACGUCGGCGCUAACGCUCCGAUCCAUACCCGCUCUGACUCCCCUUCGUCCGUAUGUCGGUAUUAAGAUCGCGGUCUAAGCAAGUGUACUAGUCUCUAAUCAAAGCAACUAGACGCCAAGGCAGUGCAGGCAUUGGGUGCUAACAAUACAAGAUAUCAUAUAAACAUCAACACAACUACACACACAGGCGUGAGCGUGUAGGCGAGAAAAGAAAGUGCAAUAAAAACCAAAAAUUGUAAAAAAGCCAAAAGUGCAAUAUGUAUACAACGUGUUGAAAAGAGACAAGCAAAAAAAAAAAACAGUUAAAUCGCCGCGCAUCGAGUGAUAGAGAACGAGCUGUCACAGAAGGAGGAGAGCAGAACAAGAAAUCAUUUACACACCAACCUGUUGCGUCAAGGAAUCCGAUUGAGUAGAGAUUCUGUUGCCACAGGCACAGCUAAUGGCCGAGAGGCAGCCGUGAGAUGCAGUCCCGCUAAGCCAGCACAGUAAUAGAAUGCUUGAAGUCCGCUAGAAGCACGGAACCGCCCGGAACCCCAAACACCAAAGCACUGAACGCUGGAAUGUGGCAUAAUCAUUAUUAUCAUCAGCAGCCGCAGCAGCAGCAGCAUCAAUAGCCAGAUCGAUCUCCUUAAAGAUAAUUAAACCAUCAUUAGCAUCAACAGCUCCAGCACCAACUUUAGCUCCAGCGAGAGAGAAACAUAAGAUGCAGGUGCCCGAGCACGUUGUCUCCCUGUACAUCGCCACCUGUGGCCAGAAUGGACCCGGACUUGGAUCUGACGAGAAGGAGAUCAUACUGCUCGUCUUCGUUCUGCUGGAGGUUGCCACGGGUCAGAUCAUCGGCACCAAACAAAUACUCGUCCGGCCCGAUGGCUACUUCAUCAAAGACCGCACCACCUCGACCUCCUCGGACCCCUCGAACGUCACCAGCAGCAACACGGCCUGCUCCCCGCCUCUGGCGGGCAUUGGCAUCGGAGCCAUCGAUGGCAAUGUCAAUGCGAAUAGCAGCGCGUCGAGCAGCAUCGGCAGCGGAACGGGGAAUGGAAGCAGCUCAGCGAACGGCGUUCUCGAGAACAGCAGCGAGCUGAUUCUGCCGAUAGCCGAGGCCCAGGCAGCGGGAAAACCGCUCAACGAAGCCAUCGAGGAGUUCGAUGACUACCUUCGGUCUCUGUCGCUGCACGACACAGACAUCCAGAUGAUCACGGAUGGUCAGCUGCCCCUGAGGCAGUGCCUGCACCGCGAGGCCUGCGCCAAGGAUGUGGAGCUGCCUGCCUACUACAAUCGGUUCAGCGACCUGCGCAAAGAGUUCCUGCGCUACAAGUCCGGAGAUCUGUCGCGGGCCCUGGUCCCCAUCAAGGACAUAAAGAAGAUGCUGCAAUCGCCCACACUGCCCGUGCCCCAGUCCAUUGGAGAGAUGCUGAAUGAGCUCAAUACGACGUCGGUGGAGGACAAUGGCUUCUACAUACGCGAAUCUCGCGACAUGGUCACUGUGAUUCAGACCCUCCUCCAGGCAGGUCACAAAUUCGCCUCAAACGAGUUGGUCACCCUGAACCUGGAACCUGGAAUUUGCUCAAUCGACGACGAGGUCGACGGCAACUGCAUCGUGCGCGCCCGCGGACUGCCCUGGCAGAGCAGCGACCAGGACAUUGCCAAGUUCUUCCGUGGUCUCAACGUAGCCAAGGGCGGUGUCGCUCUUUGUUUGUCCCCACUGGGCAGGCGUAACGGCGAAGCUCUAAUCCGCUUCGUCUCCCAGGAGCACCGAGACAUGGCGCUGAAGCGGCAUAAGCACCACAUCGGGGCCAGGUACAUCGAGGUGUACCGCGCCUCGGGCGAGGACUUUCUCGCCAUUGCCGGAGGCGCCUCCAAUGAGGCGCAGGCCUUUCUAUCCAAGGGGGCCCAGGUGAUCAUUCGAAUGCGGGGACUGCCCUACGACUGCACGGCCAAGCAAGUGCUCGAAUUCUUUACCACGGGCGAGGCGCCCUGUCACGUGCUGGAUGCGAACGAGGGCGUUCUUUUCGUGAAGAAGCCGGAUGGGAGGGCCACUGGAGACGCCUUCGUGCUGUUCGCCAACGAGGGGGAUGCCCCGAAAGCGCUGGGGCGACACCGCGAGUCCAUUGGGCAGCGAUACAUCGAGCUCUUUCGCUCGACCACCGCCGAGGUGCAGCAGGUCCUAAACCGCUCCAUGGACCCCAAGACCUUUGAGACAAGCAGCCACAGCCAGCCGCCGCUAAUCGCCCAGCUGCCCACUAUGCAGCUGCCCCUGCUGCCCCAGGUGGGUGUCGUCACCCAUGGCAAUGGCCGCGUCCCAGUUCCAGUCCCAGCUAACCUGUGCCCACAUCCCCAUCCCCCACAGCACCUUAUCACUUCGGGAACGACAAAGAACUGCAUCAGGCUGCGCGGACUGCCCUACGAGGCCAUGGUGGAGCACAUUCUCCACUUCCUGGACGACUUUGCCAAGCACAUUAUUUACCAGGGCGUGCAUAUGGUGAUUAAUGCGCAGGGCCAGCCCAGCGGCGAGGCCUUCAUUCAGAUGGACUCGGAGGACUCCGCGCGGCUCUGCGCCCAGCGCAAGCACAACCAGUUCAUGGUCUUCGGAAAGAAGUUCCGCUACAUCGAGGUGUUCCAGUGCUCCGGCGACGACAUGAACAUGGUCCUCAACGGCGGACUGGCGUCGCCCGUCGCCCAGGCACCGGCCCACCACGGCCACGCCCACAAGCAGCCCUCGCUGCUAUCCACGGGUAUGUUAGCUCAGUCGCCGCCGACUCCAACCGGCGCCCAGUCGGCCAUCUCCGGCUCACACACACACCCGCACGCACACUCGCAUUCGCACGCCCAGGGUCCCGUCUCCGCUCACCAUGGCUUGCCCACGUCCCCAGCCCUCCUGGCGCCCCUUAGCUCCACCUCAGCCGCUGCUGCGUCCGCUGGCGGACUGGCCUCCUUCAUGGCCUCUCAGCCAUCGGCCGCCGCCGCCCACUCUUCGCUGCAGAACGCAGCCGUGGCCCUAAGCUCCCUGUCGGGCCAGGCCCCACCAGGAUACCCCCUCAACUUCUCGCUGCCGCCGCCCUCCUCCCAGGCGGCCGCCAGUCCCGCCCUACUCGCACAGCAGCAGGCGCAGUUUAUAGCCCAGCAGAGCCUUCUGGUGCGCCAGCAGGCCGCCGCAGCCCUGGCCGCCGAGCAGCAGCAGCAGCUUUACGCCAACGCCAUGCUCCAGUCGCACCCCCUCUACCUGCAGCAGCACCAGCAGCAACAGCAGCAGCAGCAGCAGCUCUAUGCCAAUGCAAUGCUGCAGUCGGGCCAGCCCCAGUUCGUGUUCAUGCAGCGGCCUUACAUGCCGCAUUUUCCCCUUGGCUACAUGCAAGCUGGAGCGGCUGGCAGUGCCUCUACCUCGGCCCUGGCCCUCGCACAGGCUCAAGCCCAGGCACAGGCUCAGGUGCAGCCACAGUCGAUGAAGCGGUCGUACGAGAACGCCUUUCAGCAGGAGGCGGCUGGAGCAGCGGCUGCAGCCAGUGCGGCCAAGCGGGCGCUGACUCGCACGCCUAGUAGCGUCUACUCGUACUACAAUCCGGGCAUUUGAGGCAAGCCUCCGCAUACAAGUCGAUUUCGCGACAUCUCCAGCACUUCGUGCACAUUCCGCUUCGCUCCAUUCCGUUUGCAAACCAUUGUGAGUGGCGUCGGAGUGCUAUAUAAACAUAUACAUAGACAUAUAAACCACACAUCUAUCCACGAUCCACGCAUAUCAUGUUCCAUCAUGGCAACCCACAGAGACACACACAUGUAUACCAGACAUAUUUUAGAGCUUUAUUUUAUAGUGAAUCGAUUUCGUUACCGGAAAAGAAUGGAAUGAGAGUAGCCUUAAGUAAAGGAGUACUCUUCUUGUAUGGAGUACUCGAACAGCAUAAGCAUUCCUGUCUAUGGUCUAAGCAUAUACAUCUAUAUAAUAUCGUACACACGCGCACACACGCACACGCGCUAGCGCACAUACAGUCGCACUGCUACUCACACGCAUAUGAACACCCGUUAACGGAGGAUCCCAGAAUGAUUUGCUCACCUUUCUUCCACAUUCGGAUGCUUUGAGUGUGUGUGCGUGGGUGCGUGUGUGACAGUGAGGGAUUUGGGACGCAUAGCUAUGUGUGCAUUGUUCCCAGUCCUGUCAAACACCCCCUCCUCCCCCCCCCCCCACGAUUCGAAGGCAAUCAACAGAGGCUAACGUCAUUCGUGGAGGAAGUACGGCAUGGCCUGGGCCUCGGCCCCGCCCACGCUCAUACAGUGCAAUCUACUUUUAAUGUCUAUUCCGGUUCAAACACCACUCCACACUCGCACUUCCCCUACGAAUGGCGUCAGGUGUUGGCUCAUGCGCUCAAAUUUUAACGAAAUUCUGUAAGACAAUAUGUGGAAUAUCCAUAAUCGAUAAACGCCUAGAUUUAAGAUCGUACCACUUGUAAAAUUGGUUGGCAUUAAUUUUAAUCAGUCUGCAAUCAUUUCCUGUGUCUUUCCUGAGCUCUGUUCUGAACUGAAGUGAUCUGAAGGCAGACCUCGGAUGCGAUGCGAAAAGCUAACCCUAGCUCAAAUCAAACCCUAAUCCAAGCCAAUCCACCCACUGAUAUGCGUUCAAUACUUGAAUAAUCUCGUUGUUUGAAUUUCAUAUCGUGUGUGUGUGCACACAUUGUACUAUAUAUAUAUAUGUAUUUAGCAUAAUCUAGAUGUAAAUCUGCGAGUAUGGUGUAGCUCUUAAGUGUGCGUAACUGGUGUUAGUCGCAAACGGGAACUCUAAUAAUUCUAUCUAUCACUCUUUCUAUUACUGUCACUCUCCUUUUAUGUGUUUUUUCCCUCGUCCUCACUAAUUUAGUUGUUAGUCCUUGGAGGGAUGUACGUCUAUAUAUACAUCUACAUCUACAGACUCGUAUGUAGUCCUAGGCCUAAGACCUGCUUAUCGUACGUUCGGGCGCUUUAGUGUCUAGUGUGUCCUACUCUCUAUGUACGUGAUAACGGUAAUUGGUGUCUUCCACGGGCUUACAUCCACAUACACACACACACAAACAUGCGAAUACGUCGAUCGAAGAACGCAGAGCGCAGAGCGCAGAAGAAAGAACGAUGGAAGUCUGUUUCCACCUGAACCUGAACCCUAUCACUCCUUUUCACUCCCUCCUAUCUAUCCGCUUCUGAUUCUGAUGUUUCUCCUGCUGCGUCUAACAUUCAGUUUCGUAAUGCUAAGAGGGGCAUAACGAAUGAAAGCCACGGGAAAGAUUCGCAUAGACUUUAAUCCUUAGCCUAAUUUAACCUUUAGCCUUUAGUACGAGUAGAUUCUUUGCGAGUGCGAGUUUGUGGCAAUCGAGUGGCUUCCGAAUGGGUAUGAGGCUAACAGACCCUCCUCCAGCGGCCACUUUAAAGAUCUUAAACAUCUUAAAAAAAACCAAUUAUUUACUUAACUAGUUCGUACGCAACCAACAACCAACGUUUUUAUUGUGGAACAGAUUUUACGAUUUUGAUAUUCCAUCUUUUUACCAUUAGCUGUUAGUGAUCUAUCUUUGAUUAAUUUUUUAAUUUUUUAUUUUACAUCAAUAAAAUACAACAUACCGCCUAAAAACUAUCAACGCUCUCUCUCUCCCUGUCUUUCUCUCUUUCUCUCACUCUCUCUCUCUGUAAUAUACACUUUCUCUCACCCGCCCCCUCUCUCUCGUUCUCCGAUUAAGUGUAAAGGAUCGACCCUACCUACUAAUCCACACAAACAGAAAAACCUACUAACCCAUUUAUCAAUCGAUUUCUGCGGGAUAAUUUUGUUUAAGUGUAACCCUCAUUCCCUGUACCCUGUACCCGUACUCUCUCCCGCGAUAUCCAACGCCAGCCCACCUCACUCCUCCUUCAUAUAUGUACAUGUAACUGGGCUUAGCUUUACACUCGAUCGCGUUUUCAGCGGGGCUGCUCCGCCUCGCCUCGGAGCGGUUGGAGUUGGAUGAAGCGGAGAUGGAAGCUGCAAUAGAUGUUUCUGUUUGGGGCUCCGUUUCCGUUUCUGUUUCUGUUUUGGUAAUAUUCUCGUUUACGUAUCCCUAAAUGGAAUCUCCAUCACGAUCGUACUAGUCAUAGACGCAUCUUGUAUGUAACUCUGUCCGCUGGCAGGCUGGCCUUCUUCAGCUCUUCGGGUGCAUAAUCAAAUUUUAUCUCUAAAGGUUGGUGCUUGGAUUAAACAAAAAAAAAAGGAAUUAAAA